AUGGUAUCUCUCGCCGAUUUCCUCCUCACCAUCCUUCCUACAGACAGUGUCCCUCCGUACCUAAAACGGUGGAUAGUCGGCAAGUCCCCUUUGUCAACUUGGCCAGCCGUCGCCACAGCCCUUGCGUUGUACCUUGCUAUAAUAUUUGGCAUCCAGGAGCUCAUGAGGAAUGGACCUCCUCACAAGUUGAAUGCUCUCUUCCGUUGUCACAAUGCAUUCCUUACCAUCGGAAGCUUUGUACUUCUGGCUUUGAUCGUCGAAGAGGUCACAUCACUGUACUUGGCAUCCGGCUUCUAUAACGCAAUGUGCUCAGAAUUGUCCUGGACAUCUAAACUCGAGUUCUAUUACUUGGUCAAUUACUACUUCAAGUACAUCGAGCUCUUGGACACGAUUUUCCUGGUACUGAAGAAGAAACCACUCUCAUUCCUCCACGUCUUCCAUCAUUCUGCGACGGCUUUGUUAUGCUUCACGCAAUUGAACGGUAAAACGAGUGUUUCAUGGGUUGUAAUCUCUCUCAACCUGUUUGUUCAUGUGAUAAUGUACUACUACUAUUAUGCGACUGCCGGGGGUGCCAAAAUUUGGUGGAAAAGAUAUCUCACAACGAUGCAAAUCGUCCAGUUCAUCGUUGAUCUAUUUAUUGUUUACUUCGGCACUUACCAACACUUCGCCCAUUCGCGCUGGACUUGGCUACCCCACAUCGCUAAUUGCGCCGGAACGGAGGCCGCUGCACUGCUUGGAUGUGGCUUGCUCUCUAGCUAUCUCGUGCUUUUCAUCAACUUCUACAUUCAGACAUAUGAGAAGCCUGCGAGCGCAAAGAAGCUUACUGUAAAUAGCAACGGGGUUGCAAAUGGGUAUGUCUAUUUUCCCCGCUUGUAG